AUGAAAGCAAUGAAUGAUCAAGGUAAGAAACUUAGACAAAUUGAAGAAAAAGAAAGAAAAAUGAUGAUAUUCACUAUUGUAACUACUAUUGUGGGUAUGUUAACUGCCUCAUUAGGAGUUACUGGAGCUAUUAUUGAUGUAUUAACAACAAUUGUUGGAUGGGGUGUGACAGGUGAUUUCAGUCCAUUAGAUCUUUUAUCUAUAUUUGGUGCUAUUGGAAGUGAAAUAAAAUUAGGUAAAACUUUAAGUUCUAUUGGCAAAACUUUUGAAAUUAAUAAAGAUGGAAGAUUUAAAUUAAUUAAUAGUUUUAAAUAUUAUAAAAAAGUUAAUGAUGCUUUUAAAGGUUGUAAAAAAUAA